AUGAUCUAUGCUGAUGAUACUCAACUUUACAUUAUCCUAAAGAAACACGAUUCUGACACUGCCAUUCAGCGUCUUGAACAUUGUCUUCAUGAUAUUCAGGCUUGGUGCCUUCAAAACAAACUGGUUUUAAACGAUGGAAAAACUGAAGCUAUUUAUCUACAUUCUGCAUAUGCUAAAUCAUAUCCAGCUCCUCCCAGCGUCUAUAUUGGUGAUAGCUUAAUCAAGAUCAAAACUGAGGUCCGUGACCUUGGCGCCAUUGUGGACGAAAAUCUCUCUGAAGAGUCAUGUAAAUUCAAUCUGUAA